GCCAUGGCUUCAUUUGCAUAUGUUAAUGUAUGCCCGGCGCCGCACUUUGGAUGUGGGUCACAUUAGGCGGCUGUCAGUGAGGGAGUGAGUGUGUGUCUCCACUUUUUAGAGGAUACGGUGGUGUGCGCCAGGCCAAGGAACAGUUAGACUGCUUGAUUUCUCUAAAGAUUUUCUAGAGGUGGAGAGUUAAUUAGUCAGAAAUGACUGAGACUGCUCACCAGGUGAAUGGGCCUUCCAGCCCCUCAAGCAAAUUUAUUGAUUCUAUUGAUCCAGAUGAUCCAGAAUACAUUCGUCAGAAGCAACGACCAGCUGUUGUAAAAGAAGAUGUAAAGCAAAUGGAGGACCGCAGACGUGUCUCCAUUGUGCUGAAUAGCGAAGCCUUUCGAGAAGAAUUGGAGCAAAUUGUCCACGAACAUAUGAAAGCUGGCCACCACCCUGCGAGUCUCGCCUUGCAGCAGAUUACCGAACUUCUGAUGCCACACUCUGCUUAUCGUAGUAAUAGUGGAUUCCGAGCAUCUCCAGUCAUUCCAAUUCUUGACAUCAGGGGCAUGGAAUCUUUGGGUUAUUCAAGACAAGAAAAAAUAUUGAGAUGCAAGUUGGCUGCCUGUUACCGUUUGAUAGACUUUUUCGGUUGGUCACAUGGAAUUUACAACCAUAUUACAGCCCGAAUCAACCAAGAACAAGAACAUUUUCUUCUGAACCCAUUUGGCCUAUUGUUUGCUGAAAUGACCGCUUCCUCAUUGGUGAAAGUGGACAUGCAAGGCGAGAUUGUUGAUUCCGGUUCUACACCUUUGGGCAUCAAUAAAGCUGGAUUCAUGCUCCAUUCUGCCAUCCACCAAGCAAGACCAGACAUUCGCUGUGUUAUCCAUCUUCACACACCACAUGCUGUUGCAGUUUCAGCCAUGAAAUGUGGCCUGUUGCCAUUGUCUCAGGAGUCCCUUAUCUGUGGAACAGUCAGCUACCAUGAAUACAAUGGCAUCAUUGUGGACCAAGAGGAGAGAGAGAAGCUGGCAAGAAGUUUAGGCCCAGCAAACAAGGUCAUGUUCCUCCGUAACCAUGGUAUCGUAGCUUGUGGCGAGUCUGUUGAAGAGGCUUAUCAUUUUGCUUUUAAUGUCAUGAAAGCUUGUGACACUCAGAUUAAUGCUUUGCCGGCUGGUUUAGACAAUCUUGUCCUUGUGAAUGAAGAAACCCAAAAGAAAACUUUCACUGUGGCCAAUCAAAGUGGCGGCGGUGGUGUCGAUACCAGUGGGAGGAGAUGGAAAACCGGGGAGCUGGAGUUUGAGGCUCUCAUGCGAAUGAUGGACAACUGUGGUUUCCGCACAGGGUACAUCUAUCGUAACCCUUUAAUGAAACAGGAGAAAGACCAUGCAAAUAUUGAUAUUGAGAUACCCCCCUCAUCAAGCUCAUUCACCUAUGUUUAUGAUGGGGAUGUUGAUCGCUCCAAAUAUGUGUCUCCACUCCGAACAGCCCUUGAAAGACAGAAACAGCAGCAGUACAAAGCUGGUUGGUUAACUUCACCAAACACAUACAAAAAACAAGAAAUUGAUGAAAUUGGUACAACAAACCCAAAGAAGAUUACAAAGUGGGUUGCUGAGAAUUCCGACAGUACAAAAAGUGUGAAUGUAAAGAUAGAAAAGGCAAACCAGUUUGCCCCACAGGGAGAAAACCCUAAGGAAUUUAGAGACAAACAAAAGCAGAUCCGUAAGGAUUAUUAUGAGGAGAGAGUACAUGCUGGUCCUCAGUCCAAAGUUCUAGAGGGAACCACUUGGGAAGAAGCUCAAAAGAUGAAGGAUGGCAACCUGAGUAGUGCAUCAGACAGUGUAGUGAUGAUUGGUGCCGCUUCCAAGGGCAUCAUUCGACGUGACCAUCAACACAAUGCCAUUGUCUACAAGUCACUUUAUUCUCCUAAUCCUUUUGAAAAUGUGUCUGAAGAUGAGCUUGCAAAGUACAAAGAAAAAGUAGAGGGGAAAAUAAAUGAAGCAGAUUCUGAAGAUACAGAACCUGCUCCUGAUGGCCGCCUCAUCUCAACUGAAGAAAGAAUGCAGCAAAUUCGAAGUGACGGCGUUGACUUGAAGACAGAAGCUGAAGCGGAUCAUAAGAAGCGGCUGUCAACCUCAAACCAAGCUCAUCCCAAGGGUUCUAAAGAAGAGCUUCAUGAUUCAAUACCAACAGUGACUGUAACCCCUGUCAGCGCUGCUUCACUUCCAACUGUAAGUGUCCAGCGAGCUGAAUCUGAGAGGCAGCCACACACAUCAGAAAUGAUCCAAGAGCUGCAGAGGCGCAACUUGGAGCGGUCGAAAUCAGACCGCAAGUAUGGCGAGAAAAGAGACGAAGAGAAACCUGGGUCCCCUGCCAAGUCUGAUACACUGAGAUCAACAGACAGUGCUAGUGGUGGUGAAACUCUUGACGACAGGAGCAGCAAGGAGGGCUCUCCAACCAAGGAAAAUCCUUCACCAACAAAGAAGGAGAAGAAGAAGAAGAAAUUCCGUAUUCCAUCCUUCUCGAAAAAGAAGAAGGAAGCCAAGGAGUAGAACUUGCUGUUGUUUCUGUUGUCGUUGUCGUUGUCAGUAUGGGUGGUGGCCAGCUGGAGUUACCACAAUUUAUGUGCCCUUUUCUUUUUGGAAGGCCAGGAGUGGCUUUCUGUCCAAAUUCUGUCUGUCUGUCUACUUAUCAGAUGUUGGAGGAAGGCAAGCCAUGUCCAAGCCACUCCAAACACACACACACACAAUAAUAAAUAUUGUUAAUUCCCCUGGAAGUCUUCUGGGAGACUUAUCUAAAAAUAAGUCAUACAUCUAUUAUUAUCUUAAGAUCCAGUGCCCUGGCAUUAGCAUGCAGCCCUCAUUGAUCAGCAUUUCUGCAUUUUAAACAACC